CCGGGGAGCGGGGCCGCGGGGCCCCUGGGGGGCGCGGAGGCAGCUGGGGUGGCCGCUCCGCAGCUCCGGGCCGGGACCCUUCUCCUGGCGCCACAGACCGAUGCUCGGGUUUGCACGGGGCGCUGAUACAAUGCCUUCCACUUCCAUUUUCUUUCAGCAGGCCGUUUGGACAGUUAAAUCAUGGCAACCAUAGAAGAAAUUGCGAAUCAGAUUAUUGAACAACAGAUGGGAGAGAUCGUUACAGAGCAGCAGACUGCACAGAAAAUCCAGAUUGUGACAGCACUUGAUCCUAACGCCCAGGGCAAGCAGUUCAUCUUGACGAACCACGAUGGCGCCGGGCCUGGUAAGGUCAUCCUGGCCCAGCAGAACUCUCCAGGCAAGGUUUUCCUCACCACUCCAGACGCCGCAGGCGUCAACCAGCUGUUCUUCACGGCUCCGGACCUGUCCACGCCACACCUCCAGCUCUUAACAGAUAGUUCUUCACAAGACCAGGGACCAAAUAAGGUUUUCGAUCUUUGCGUAGUGUGUGGAGACAAAGCAUCAGGGCGUCAUUAUGGAGCAGUAACUUGUGAAGGCUGCAAAGGGUUUUUUAAAAGAAGCAUCCGAAAAAAUUUAGUAUAUUCAUGUCGUGGAUCAAAGGACUGUAUUAUUAACAAACACCAUCGGAACCGAUGUCAGUACUGCAGGCUGCAGAGGUGCAUCGCCUUUGGAAUGAAACAAGAUUCUGUUCAGUGUGAAAGAAAACCCAUUGAAAUGUCACGAGAAAAAUCUUCCAACUGUGCAGCUUCAACAGAAAAAAUCUACAUCCGCAAAGACCUCCGAAGCCCGUUAGCUGCCACUCCAACCUUCGUGACGGACAGUGAAACCGCAAGGUCAGCAGGGCUGCUGGACCCGGGCUUGUUCGUGAACAUCCAUCCGUCGGGGGUGAAAGCCGAGUCAGCCAUGCUGGUGACACCAGAGAAGGCUGAAUCAUGUCAGGGAGAUUUAAGUACCUUGGCCAGUGUGGUUACGUCAUUAGCAAAUCUUGGAAAGACGGAAGAGCUUUCUCAAAAUAGUAACGACGUGCCUGUGAUGGAAAGUUUAAACAAUGGCAGUACAUCUUUGGGCGAAUGUCAUCAAGAAAUGCAGACCAGCGGUGAUGUCUCAAGGGCAUUUGAUACCCUUGCAAAAGCGCUGAACCCCGGAGAGAGCAGUAGCUGUCACCGCUCAGAGGAGGGCAUGGAAGGAGGUGGACACCUGACUGUGGGCGAGGCCAGCACCAGUUACGCCGAGAAAGAGGGGCCGCUUCUCAGCGAUUCGCAUGUAGCUUUCAGGCUCACCAUGCCUUCUCCUACGCCCGAGUACCUGAAUGUACACUACAUUGGGGAGUCUGCCUCCAGGCUGCUGUUCCUAUCAAUGCACUGGGCGCUUUCCAUCCCUUCUUUCCAGGCGCUAGGGCAAGAAAACAGCAUAUCACUGGUGAAAGCUUACUGGAAUGAACUCUUUACUCUUGGUCUUGCCCAGUGCUGGCAAGUGAUGAAUGUAGCGACCAUAUUAGCAACCUUUGUCAACUGUCUCCACGGCAGCCUUCAACAAGAUAAAAUGUCACCAGAAAGGAGGAAACUAUUGAUGGAGCACAUCUUCAAACUGCAGGAGUUUUGUAACAGCAUGGUUAAACUCUGCAUUGAUGGGUACGAAUAUGCCUACCUGAAGGCAAUAGUACUCUUCAGUCCAGAUCAUCCAGGCCUAGAAAAUAUGGAACAGAUCGAAAAAUUUCAGGAAAAAGCUUAUGUGGAAUUCCAAGAUUAUAUAACCAGAACAUAUCCAGAUGACACCUACAGGUUGUCCAGAUUGCUGCUCAGAUUGCCGGCCCUGCGACUGAUGAAUGCCACCAUCACAGAAGAGCUGUUUUUCAAAGGCCUCAUCGGGAAUGUACGAAUCGACAGUGUUAUCCCGCACAUUUUAAAAAUGGAGCCUGCAGACUAUAACUCGCAGAUAAUUGGUCACAGCAUUUGAAAGCUGCGAUCACAGUGUAUAAAUUUAUUGUUCCUUCCUGGAACACAAAAAGAUACCAAAUUGAACUCAUUGCUUCCAGGGUAUCUGGAAAUUUUAACUUUAAAAAGUUACCAAAAUCCAAGGUAUUUCUACUUUAGCUUCCUUAAGAACUUUUGAAGUGACUGGACGGUCAGCAGGAAUUAGAUUUCCCUUUCUGUUUCUGUUUUAUAUUAUAAAACAAAUAAAUUAGUCUUUUCCCCUUGAA